CGUUUACAAUUUUAUUUACUGAGGAACUGCCACUGGUUUCGUAGAGCCAAUUUUUAAAACAUAUACCAAAACAUAUUUCCCCCGUCAAACAGAUUUUUGCUUCAUUGCCACUCUUUUGUUCGGGUUGGAACUUGGAUGGAGUGAGUGUUGAGCCCUAAUGAGAUGAGUGACCAGGGCAACAACAACCAGAACAUCUCCUGCAACCCCUUCGCUGCCCUCUUCAGUUCGCUGGCUGAUGCCAAACAGUUUGCAUCAGGACAGAAACCACCACAGUCUUCCGCUGAACCGCCAUUGGAUGAUUCAGGAGAGAGCCAGUCAGAGUCUGAAAACUCUGUGUCCGACAGUGUUGAUGACAAUGAUGACUCGGUGGCGGAGAUCAGCCGCUCCUUCCGGUCUCGACAAGAACUUUGUGAACAGCUCAACGUCAAUCACAUGAUUCAGCGUAUAUUUCUCAUCACAUUGGACAAUAGUGACCCAAGUUUGCGUGGAGGUAAUGGGAUCCCUCCUCGCUGUGUGUAUCUGGAGGAAAUGGCCGCAGAUCUUGAUGGACAGGACUGGCUGGACAUGGACAACAUAGAACAGGCACUUUUUAACCGUCUGCUAUUGCUAGAGCCAGGAAACCACCUCAUCUACAUGACGUCAUGCAGCACUGUCAACCUGUCUGCUGACCGAGAUGCAGGAGAAAAGUGUGCUAUUCCGUACCUUUUUGCUUGUUAUCAAAGGGCCAAGGAAGAGGUGACUAAGGUACCAGAGAAGUUACUGUCAUUUGCUGUUCGUUGUAAGAACCUUACCGUUUCCAACACACGGACAGUUCUUCUUACCCCAGAGAUCUACAUCAGCCAGAAUAUCUACGAACAGCUUCUGGACCUGCUGCUGGAUGGUUUCAGUGGAGCACAGCCAGAAGAGGUGGUAGAGUUUGUAGAAGAGGUCAUUGCUGGCCUGCUCUCUGACCAGGAGGUCCGAACCUUUGAGGAGGUCAUAGUACCAGUGUUGGAUAUCUUCCAGGGACGUGUCAAAGACUUAGACUUGUGCCAACCUCUUCUCUACUCCUACUUAGAUGUUCUCCUUUAUUUCAGCCACCAUAAAGACAUUGCUAAGGUAUUAGUGGAACACAUUCAGCCGAAAGACCCAGCUAAUGGUUUGCAGUACCAGAAGACUCUGCUGGGGGCAGUGUUGAGCAUUUCCUGUUUGUUAAAAACCCCAGGUAUAGUGGAGGGACACGGCUAUUUCCUCAACCCCUCCCGCUCCAGUGCCCAAGAGACAAAGGUCCAGGAAGCAAACAUCCACCAGUUUAUGGGGCAGUUUCAUGACAAGUUGCACCAGGUCUUAAAAAAUCUACUUCAACGAUCUGGUGAGACGCGCCACUUGCUGCUUUCUUGGUUGGGCAACUGUCUUCAGGCUAAUGCUGGGCGAGCUAAGAUAUGGGCCAAUCAGAUGCCAGAGAUCUUCUUUCAGAUGUAUGCAUCAGAUGCAUUCUUCUUAAAUCUGGGUGCAGCUCUGCUGAAGCUUUGCCAGCCUUUCUGCAGGCCACGUUCACCAAAACUGCUCACCUUUAACCCUACGUACUGCGCCCUCAAAGAUCUGAGUGAAGAAGAGAGGCACAAUCGCAAUGUGCAUGCAAAAGGUCUUGACAAGGAAACCUGUCUGAUCCCUGUGCCCCCUCAGCAGCUGGUGGAGUCUGCACAGUCAUACAGUCUGCUGACUGAAAACCUCAUCCUAACACAGCUCACCAUGCAUCUUGGCUUCCACAGACUCCAUGAGCAGAUGGUGAAGAUGAACCAGUCUCUCCACCGACUCCAGGUGACAUGGCAGGAGGCCCAGCGAACAGCCAAUCCAAUGUCAGAGCAGUUCCUGGAGCAGUUUGAACGUCUCAUGAUUGUUUAUUUGUCAACCAAAGCUGCCACUACACAGCCUGCAAUGCUGCAAUGCUGCCUUAACCUUCAAGCCUCCAUGGCUGCCCUACUGGUUCAGCUUGGAAUGGGGAACCAGGGACCUGAACAUGUAGCACUCAAUUUUCCCCUGCCUUCCCUACAGAAUACUAUGCUAUGUUAUAUACCAGAGUUUUUUGCAGAGAACUUGGGGGAUUUCUUCAUCUUUCUGCGUAGAUUUGCAGAUGACGUUUUAGAGACGUCUGCUGAAAGUCUGGAGCAGAUCCUUUCCUUCAUCACUGUCUUCAUGGGGAACGUAGAGAGGAUGAAGAACCCACAUUUAAGAGCUAAGCUUGCUGAGGUCUUAGAGGCAGUGAUGCCUCAUAUGGAGCCAGUGGCUCCUGGUGCUGCUCAGCCUAUUGUGUUUCAGCGUGAGAGAGUCUUCUGCUCCUACAGACAUGCACCUCAGCUGGCAGAGGCCCUCAUCACUGUCUUUGUAGAUAUUGAAUUUACAGGUGAUCCUCAUCAGUUUGAACAGAAAUUCAACUAUAGACGACCCAUGUACCCCAUCCUCAAGUACAUGUGGAGCAAAGAUAGUUACAGAGAAAGUAUCAAGCAUUUAGCAGACUAUGCAUCUGAAAACCUGGAGGCCAUGAACCCACCAUUGUUCCUUAGAUUCCUCAAUUUACUGAUGAAUGAUGCCAUCUUCCUCCUUGAUGAAGCUAUUCAGUACCUGAGUAAAAUCAAGAUACUCCAGCUGGAGCGGGAUCGAGGGGAGUGGGACAGUCUGCCCCCUGAUGCCCGAAGAGAGAAGGAAUCAAGCCUGCAGAUGUUUGGACAGCUUGGACGCUUUCACAACAUUAUGUCUAAUGAGACCAUUGGAACACUGGCCUUCCUCACCUCAGAAAUCAAAGGCAUCUUUGUGCACCCCUUCCUGGCUGAGAGGAUCAUCUCCAUGCUUAACUACUUCUUGCAGCACCUGGUGGGUCCUAAAAUGGGUGCCCUUAAAGUGAAGGACUUCAGUGAGUUUGACUUCAAGCCCCAGCAGCUUGUUUCGGACAUUUGUACCAUCUACUUGAACCUGGGUGAUGAGGAAAAUUUCUGUGCUACAGUACCAAAGGAUGGACGUUCGUACUCUCCUACUCUCUUCUCCCAGACAGUUAGGGUACUAAAGAAGAUCAACAAGCCUGGGAACAUGAUUGUGGCUUUUGGACUCCUUGCAGAUAAAAUAAAGUCCCAUGCAGAUAGGCAGCAACAAGAAGAGGAGACAUACUCAGAUGCUCCAGAUGAGUUUUUGGACCCCAUCAUGUCCACUCUGAUGUUGGAUCCUGUUCUGCUUCCUUCUUCUAAUGUCACCGUAGAUCGCUCAACAAUAGCACGGCAUCUUCUCAGUGACCAGACAGAUCCUUUUAACCGCAGCCCUCUUACAAUGGACCAGAUCAGGCCAAAUGAGGAGCUCAAACAGCGGAUCUUACAGUGGCUUGAUAAGCAUAAGCAGGAAAGUCUACAGCUUGGACCGAGUGGCUAACUGUGGGCCCUCAAUCGGAUAAACUGUGAACACAGCCUUGUUUUAUUUUUUUCCCUUUUUCCCAGCGUGCUCCUCUGCUUCUACGCAAAUCUGCAGUGUGCUUUCCCCUGUGGAUUUCCUCUAACUUCUUCAGUGUAACUAACAGUACUUCAGCUUCACACAGCCUUCAUGCACUGUGGGCUUCAUGUAAGCUGUAGCCCACCAGCUCUUGACAAGUUCAGAAUCCACACUCAGUAGCUGCUCUGUUCCUAUGAUGCUCCCAUGAUGGCAACACAAGUUCUUCUCUCCUUGAAUACUGUGCAUUAAUCAGUUAGUAUUACAGUCAGAACUUUGGCCUGUGGCCAUUCAACAGGGCUUGUUGAAUAUACUGUAUAAACCCCUAACUGAGCAACUGGCCAAAACAAGAUUUUAUACAGCAAGGUAAGUAUUUUUGGGAACUCAAGAUAGACGACUGGAGUUGUUUCUACUGUGAUCUUGAUUUAAUCUUUUCAAAGAAUACCUCUUACGCUGCCUAUUUAAAAAAAGAAAAAAAAAAAAAAAAGUUGAACACCCUAUAUUUUAGGACUCUUGGUUAAAUCUCACAGGUAAAACGAAAAUUUAAGUGAAACUAGGAAAAUGUGUCUGAUUUUUAUUUUACUAUUGAUUAUCUAGAUUUACUGUGGAUUGUUCAAAAUUUUGUCCCUUAUUGAGCAAAAGCUAGACUUUGUACCUGUCAGACAAAGUUAAUCAGGGUUUGGAGGAUGUUUAACAUUUUACAAUAAGUAAUAAUAGUUAUAAAUAAUUUAAAAAAUCCAAGAUUGUUUAUUAAAAUUCUUCCAUUUCUGAGUGUAGUGUUUUUAGACGCUGCUACCCAGUAUUGCAACAAAAACUGAAAAUGUAGACGCUACUCACAGCAGCUUAAAAUAAUUGCACAUUGUGGAGUGGCAGCUUCAGGGACACUUUGGAAAACAAGCAAACAGUAGAUGAUUUAUGGUGUUUAAUGCUUAGACAAGCACUUUCGCUUGCAGUUUAAACAUUUUAAUUUGGAAAAUACAUUCAGUUUUGCUUGUGUGUUGUCUUGUCACCUCAUAUUUGUAAAAAUUCCAGGUGUUGGCUAAAUUGUAAGAUUUUAAUACAUUGCUGAGUUUUUGAAAGAGCAGCUUAAGCCUCAGUAAUGGUGAAUGGCAGCAAAUGAGCAGCUCCAAACUAAAAAAAAUAGUUAAUAACCAAUACUGAGAGGUGUUUUGUAGUUUUCAGUAUAAAUGAGCCACAUUUGUACAUCACUUACUCCUUUCAGCCAUAACAUUAUGACCACACACAAGUUAAGUGGUCAUAAUGUUGAUUAUCUUGUUACAUUGGCACCUUGCGGAUUAAUUUAAGCAGCAAGUGAAUAUUAAGUCCUCCAAGUUGAUGUGUUUGAAAUGGUCAAGCAUAAGGACUGCAGGGCUGAAUUGUGAUGGUGAUGACUGGGUCAGAGCAUCUCUAAAACCACAGGUCUUAUUGGAUGUUUCUGGUCUGCAGGGUUUUGUACCCUUUUAUAAGGACAACCAAAUCUAAACUCAAUUGGACAUCUCCAGGAUUGUAAUAUUAGUACCAUACCACCUACUUUACCUUGUGUUGGUCACCUUUUUUUCCAACAAAACAGUUCUGACCUGAGGCUUUGGCUCUAGAAGGCCUCUGAAGGUGUGCUGUGGUAGGUGGCACCAAAACAUUAACAGCAGAUCCUUUUAAGUCCUGGAAGUUGCAACAUGGGGUCACUGGAUUGGAUUUGUUUUUUCAGCACAUCCUACAAGUGCUGGAUUGAUUGGAGAUGUGCUUGCUCUUCCUUAAACCACUUUUGGAAGGGCAGUAACAACAUGAGAAUACCGGCAUUUCUGAAGAUGCUCUGACUAGCCAUUUGGUCAUCACUGUUUGGGUCUUAUCAAAGUCACUCAGACCCUUUUGCUGUCCAUUUUUCUUUCUUCCAACACAAAAUCAAGAACUAAAUGCUUACUUACUGCUUAAUGUAUCACACCUAAAAUUACAUUGUACUGAAGUAAUCAACAUUAUACUAAAUUUACUUGUCAGUGAUUAUAAUGUUAUGGAUGACUGGUGUAUAGAUGGCCUUAUGACAUUACCUCUGAAUAUUGUAUUGUCAUUGGUCUGUAUGCUUUGAAACUGAAAUUAGUUCUUAAAUAAAAAGGUAGAAUAUGUUUAACAAGACAAAUAAUUUGCUGCAACUCUGAGUUUUAAUGGAAGACACAAAAAACUCUUUAAUUCAUCCUUAUGUGAACCAUAUACGGACUGCCUGUCAUGAGAUUUAACCAGAAAAUAUUUAGUGUUCAGUUAUUUUUUACUGGCAGUGUAUAUAUGGUAAUCAUCCUCUUUAAGAUUAACAAUUAGUAUAUCCACUGAUAUAUUCUUGUCUAAAAUUUUGAACAGAAUUUGUGUUGUGUGAAAGCCAAGUGUAAUACCUAGUGGCUAAACAGCUGAUCAAUAGAAGCGGUGCCUGAAACCAAAAGCCUUGCAGUGAUGUCAGCGAACGAUCUAACCCAUCUCAUCAAGAGACCUUACUCAGAGUUUGUUUUGUUGAAGUAUGGCACAGCAGUGGGUAGAAAAUAAAAGAUCAGAAAAAGACUUUUGAAUACAAGGUUUUCAUUUAAGAGUUUAUGUGGUUGUUAAA